AUGAUAUAUACAAGACACUACCUCCAGAUGAGGCUCAACAACUGGGGCUUGAGCUUCAGGAACCCACAAAAUCAGAAUCUUUUGUAAAUGCAUUUUUGAAACACAGUAUGCCAAACUUGAAAAAGAAAUCUCCUCAAGAAUUCUUGGAGCGGAAAGCAGUAAUCUUGGAGUACAGUUUAAAAAGGAAAAAAAGAAAACGCAACAAAUCAAAAAUUUUAACUGCCAAAGAAAGAAGAGAUAUGAGAUUAUUUGAAAUUAAGCCAGAACAGCAGAGAUAUCAGUUGUUUUUACCUUUACAUGAACUGUGGAGACAGUACAUCCGGGACUUGUGUAAUGGACUCAGGCCAGAUGCACAGCCUCAAAUGAUCCAGAAUAAAUUACUCAAGGCUGACCUGCAUGGAGCAUUACUAACAGUAGCAAAAUCAAAAUGCCCAUCCUAUGUAGGCCUUCAGGGAAUAAUUCUUCAGGAAACCAAGCAUGUAUUCAAGUUUAUUACAAAAGAUGACAAGCUAAAAACUGUUCCCAAGUUAAACUGCGUCUUUAGCGUGGAAAUUGAUGGAUUUAUCUCUUACAUCUAUGGAAGCAAAUUUCAGAUGAGAUCAAGUGAACGCUCUGCCAAGAAGUUUAAAGGCAAAGGAAGCAUAGACUUGUAACCACAUUGUAAAGCAGAGAGAGUGCUCUGACACUUUACUGACUCUUUUUAUGGAGAUAUGUGGAAAGCAUGAAGAAAAAGCACUAAGUCCUGUGCAGGGUAAUAUCAUAUAUCUCUACUUUUGGAGGAGUUUCAAGGGCUGCUGGAACUGAGUGAUGAUGAAGCUCUCUUACAACUAAUAACUCCCAUGAAAGUAAAACAUUUUUAUUUCCUUUAGAUGACACAUAAUAUCCUGUACCAUUAAACUGCUGCCAUACUUUAUGGUGCCCUAAAAUGUUAGGAAUAUAAGAAUUUUCAGUGUUAUAAUAAGAUGGCAAAGCAAAAACUUAAAGGGAUGAAACAAAGAAGCCUCAUCUGGCAGUAGUAACACAUUUAUCUAAUGCUACAAUUAAUGGCUGGUUGUUGUCUAUGCAUAAAUAUUACUUCCAAAACAAGAGUACUGUGAAGCCAGCUAAAAGUAAUGAUUUACUCUAUAGCAAUAUAUUAUUAACCACUUUGAUACUUUGGGCAUCCAAAUGGCAUAGUAUUUGCAAUGAAAGUUAUUCCAUAAAUGUAACAAUUUUUUUCCAUUUUGCUGCAAUGCUAUUUUUCCACGUGAUAUAUAUAAAAAUUCUCUGAAAUUGCUGCUUAAAAGAGCAGAUACGGAGAAUAAUGAUCAAGUAGCACUGCUGUAAAGAGGCUACAUUGUAUCUGAUAUGUAAACUGUAUGUAUGUAUGUUUCUACACCUAUAAAAGAUAAAUUUUUUUUUUCCUUGUGUGAUCACCUAUUGCCAAUAAAAUAUUUAAACAUG